UACCUGAAGAAAAAACACAAAGAAACAAGCUUUCAAAAUGCUGGUGACAAUGCUAACAGCCAUGUACAUGUUGGUGAAAGUGGUUGAACAGCUGGGUGUUCGGUGGGCACGUGAGCAGGAGCCUCUCCCGUAUAUGGUUUCUCAGCCCUUGCCAUGGCAGGUCCACAACGUCUCCCAUUCUCGGAGAGGAAGCCGUUCAGAAGAGUUUGGGGGCCAGAGAAGGAACAGCAUAGGAGUUUACAGAAAGCACUCUUCGUCCAGUAAUGGACACAACGGAGCCUCUGCCGACAAGGCGGCGUCUACAAUUCAGAACCAGUACAGGAAGUACCAGCAGAAGAAGCAGAAAGACCACAAAUGAAAGACCAAUGAGCUAAACUGUCAGCAGGGUCCAUUCCACGCUGAUCAAGACCCAGUAUAACCUUAUAACCCCAGCAACUGUGCACACGCAAAACUGCUCUGCAUCCAUGUUAAAGGAUGACUUCUGUGAGCGACAGUCACGUAUUCUGAUGUACAGAUAGCUGAUACCUGCACAAACACAAACACUC